AUGGUAUUUUCAUAUUUCAUUACAUUCCUUGAAAAUCUCACAAAGAAGAUCAACUGCAAGGAUGUUUACUAUUGUCUUCCACAUGAAAGGUUGAGUGGAGGCUUAAGAUACAAUGAAUCCAUUUUUGAUUGGAUCGAGGAGGAGAAUCCUGGUAAAUAUGAUUUGGUUGUAGAGAAUGAAGACGAAGUUGAUGAUUCUACAUUUUCGGACGUGAUUUUAAAUGACCAUGAAGAGGAUGAGGUGGUGUCAAGUAGGAAACCACUUGAUGAUUCAUUUCUUAAUGCCCUUUGUCCUAAAAAGAAAUCAGAAGAUGGUUCCGACACAGAUGCAACAAACGAAGAAGUUGAUGUGAAACCAAUGUAUCCUAUCCAUGAUCCAAACCAAAACUGGAAGAAGAUUGUUCCUAUGCUAGGUAUGAAGUUUUAUGACCCCGAUGAGCUUAAAUGUUUACUGAGUAAUUAUGCUGUUAGACAUGUAUAUGGUUUAUGGUAUAAAAAAGUGAUAAGAACAGGUUGUUAG